GCUCACACCCUCCCCCUACCACACAUACACACAGUCUGGCCCUCGCCGCGCCCAGGCCGAGUGUCCGGCAGCGGUCCGGGCCUCUGUCCGGCGGACUCUGGAUCGGGAAUAAGGCGGUUUGGGAUUAGCGUUUCCAGCGUGAGCCCCCUGCUCCGGGAAGAAAGAAGGAGGCCGGGAGAGGCGGCGAGGACCGGCCUCGAAGGGCGGCUCGGCUAGGGACCCCGGAGAGCCGGCGGCGUGGCCCAGAUGAGUGAUUUUGGAAUCAAGAACAUGGAUCAAGUAGCCCCCGUGUCCAGCAGCUUCAGAGGAACGCUCAAGCGCCAGCCGGCAUUUGAUACCUUCGACUGCCCAAAUUCUCUCUUUGCGGGAUUUUUUCCCUCAUUAAAUGAAGAGCAAACUCUGCAAGAAGUACCAACGGGCCUGGAUUCCAUUUCUCCCGAGCCAUCCAACUGUGAACUGCCUCUGUUAACUCCAUGCAGUAAAGCUGUGAUGAGUCAAGCCUUAAAAGCUACAUUCAAUGGUUUCACAAAGGAGCAGUGUCGGCUUGGCAUCCCAAACAAUCCCUGGCUGUGGACUGAAGAACAAGUAUGCCAAUGGCUUUUCUGGGCCACCAAUGAGUUUAGCCUAAUGGAUGUCAAUUUCCAGAGGUUUGUCAUGAACGGCCAGGUCUUGUGUAACCUGGGCAAAGAGCGCUUUCUGGAACUUGCCCCGGAUUUUGUGGGUGACAUUCUUUGGGAGCAUCUGGAGCAGAUGAUCAAAGAGAACCAAGAGAAGACGCAAGAUCAAUAUGUGGAAAAUUCACAUCUCACUUCAGUGUCUCACUGGAUCAGCAGCAAUUCACUAGGUAUUAACGUGGAGCAGCUGCCGUAUGGAAUGCAGACCCCGAGCUAUCCCAAAAUGAGCCUCCUGGACGGCGUUUGCCAGGCUUCGCCCGUCCCCAGCCUGCUAGGUUCAGAACAUGAGUUUCAUCUUUAUUCAAAGUCACGACUGGACACAGUCAGUGUGAACUACUGCUCAGUGAACCAGGACUUCCCCAGAAACAGUUUGAAUCUACUCAUCAGUAAUUCUGGGAAGCUCCGAGAGCCCGACUCGAGUGACAGUGGUACAGAAAGCUUCGAGAGCUCCGAUUCGAUGCUCCAGUCCUGGAGCAGCCAGUCGUCGCUGCUGGAUGUCCAGCGGGUGCCUUCCUUCGAGAGCUUCGAAGAAGACUGUGGCCAGCCCCUGUGCCUGAGCAAGCCGACCAUGUCUUUCAAGGAUUACAUUCAAGAAAGAAGUGACCCGGUGGAGCAAGGCAAACCAGUUAUACCAGCAGCCAUUCUGGCUGGCUUUACAGGAAGUGGACCGAUCCAACUGUGGCAGUUCCUUCUAGAAUUACUCACUGACAAAUCUUGUCAGUCAUUUAUUAGCUGGACUGGAGAUGGAUGGGAGUUUAAGCUUGCUGACCCAGAUGAGGUGGCCCGGCGAUGGGGAAGGAGGAAAAACAAGCCGAAGAUGAACUACGAGAAGCUGAGCCGGGGUCUCCGCUACUACUACGACAAGAACAUCAUUCACAAGACCUCCGGAAAGCGCUACGUCUAUCGCUUUGUCUGUGACCUCCAGAACCUUCUCGGGUACACGGCGGAAGAACUCCACGCCAUGCUAGGGGUGCAGCCGGACACAGAGGACUGAGCAGACCGAUCGCACCCAAAGCAGACGUAGGUCGUGUGUGAGUCGGUACUGUUGCCCCGGGGCCCGGCUUGCGGCCUUUUGAGGUGGGGCGCCGCUCAGAAAUAAGGAACAUUAGAAAGGAAGCGAUUCGGUAAAGCCGGGGGAGGUCGGAAGGAAGCGGCGGCCUCAGUUCGACGGACUCCGUCGCUCUGGCCGAGGCUGCCUUGUUCUCCACGCGGAACCCGGGGCGGAAACGCUCUUGGAGGUGACAUUCGGAAACGAAGGUGGCGUGGAAACCCGAGUUGGUGGGAACUGCUGCAUCGGUACAUCGCAGGGCUCCUUGGAACUCAGCCCAAAGGUGGCCUGAAAAGAUAGGCUGGAAGAGCUACCUGGAACUAAAGCAGACUAGGAGGGAAGACUGUUCAGCCUUUCCACCGUCUUGAUGGGGCAGAUGCAUGCUGGCUGGGCGCCCCGACGUUUUGGCCCUGUGGAACCAGGUGGAGGAAAACGCAAAAGCAUUUCCUUCGAGGGGGGAGCGGGGGAAAAAAAAAAAAAUCUCACCAUUUCAAACCUUUUGUGUAUAUUACCGUAACCUUCUGGUUGUUAUUGGAAGCAAUCCUAUUUAACAAAAAUUUGUAUAUUGUAAUUUAAACUAAUUAUAUAAGCGUGUUUGAAACGGGAAGAAUGCAGAUAUCCAGUGUUUAUUCUCCGUUUGCAGUCGCACAUACAGCAUUUUAUAAAUAUUUGAUCUGCCAAGGUCAGGCAGGGAGAGGUCGGAAAGUGCUUAGUGCAUGCCCACGCUGGAUGCCUGCAGGAAAACAAAUCUAGGUGGACUUGGUUGAGUUUUCUACCAUGACCAUAUCUGGCAAAGACUUUGUACAUUUUGGCCUUUUUACAAGAAGCUAAUAUUAUUGUUUGUGCAGAACUGAAAUUUUUGUCUCUCUCCUCUAAUGGAAAAUGUAAAGUUAAUAGAUAUAAAAUGGGUAUUUUU